CACUAAACAAAGCCUACAAGUCAAGAUGGCUUAAACCGAGACAAUGGUACCGAGGCUGGUUUCUGGUACCAGCAGAACAUUUUGCUGAGGAACAGCAGUUGGCCAGACGAUGGUGCUGGCAUAUUUUGUCAAGAUCUGCAUAGGGAAAGACUAGACUAAAGAACUCCCCAAACGAUGUCUGGAAUCUGCGACCUGCUGACAGAGCUGUACCUCUUCUGCUAUUCCAUUGUGUUGCGUCACAAAGUGUUGGUCACCGUUCAGAUUGUCGUGCUGUCUAUAAAUCUCAUCAUCCUCCUCUCGUGUAGACGAUACAAAAUGUGCUGUAAGGAAAAACAAAGAGCCAGUUACACGGCUAUUCCAAACAAUGAGAAGCUUCUCAGACGACUGAAGCGGAAAGCAUCAUUGACUAAGAUAAGCAAUGGCCCGCAGUCUUCCAUAAUGAAACAAGGCCGGAACAAAAACAAUCGACAAAAAGGGUGCGUCACACUCGUCACUCCCUCACAGGAAUUCGUCACCGCACCGGAAAACUUCCGCGCCCAGCGCAGCUGUUCGUCCAGCCUGGACACCACCAAAGACCCGGAUGAGACGCUGGACGAGAUCACGUGGGGUUUCGACACCUCCCCCUUGGCCUCCUUCCACCACAUACCCGAGGCGGAGCUUCCGAAGCCGGCAGAAGAAUCCAACAAGCCAUCCCCGAAGAAAAAACCCACCAAAGCGCAGAGGAUCCCGACUAAGGUACAUCAUCGCCCCGGGAAGAGACAGGCCCCGAAGGAAAACACCGCCACCCCACCUCGCGCUCAGAUGAAAAGCUUCAUCGCUGAUGAAAAAUGUCCUCGGCCGGCGCCGUUGAAAAAACAAAUGUCGUUUCGCUUACGCUCCCCGUGUAGGGUCAUGUCGCCCAAGAGAGGUUCCGUGCAUCGCCAGUCGACAUUCCUCUCUGGGGGUGCAAAUUACCCUCCGACUAGCCCUAGAAAGUCCAGCAAGUGUAAGACUCCGCCUAGCAAGUACAGGACUCCGCCUAGCAAACGGGCGGCGGCGAGCGUCUCUAGGUGUAGCUCGAUCAAAAAACGACGCACCAAAGAGCCAGAGAACACGAGCUCCGAGUCUGAGCACCAGUCGACCCGCCCCACCCUCUACAAGAGCACGGGCUCCCCCGAGCACCAGUCGACCCGCCCCUCCCUGUACAAGAGCACGGGCUCCCCGGAGCACCAGGGCAACAAGAGCGAGACGAGCGUGGUGUGCAAGCGGGACAGCUGGAUCUGGUUCUCACCAGAGACACGGCCCAGCGUCGAGAACUUCGCUUCCAGGCAGAGGAAGUUCCAGAGUGAGGACCCGAGGGUGGCCAAGUUGGCAGCGGAGAUAAGGAGACAGGAUGAAAUGAACCGGGACAUAGAGCGCGAGGCUGAGUCACUGAUCGAGAGCUCCUCCUUGUCCAACAAGAUUCAGAUCACCCAGUGGGUCCAGCAGCCCUACCGGCCCGGCCCCCACAACUGUGUCAAGCUCAGGUGUCGGGGCCGGUCGCGGCCGUUCCCCUACAUGCGUUCCUGCCACACCCACCAACAGCACCAGCCCAGGGGCGAGGCGUUCCGUCAUUCCAAAUCCCCCGUCAAGAAGAUCAUCUGGUCCCCGAAUACCAACCAGGUGAAAGUCGUCAGGGAGAAACCUUCCCCCCACUGCAACGUACAACUUCACUACGUCAAAUCCCCCACGUUGGAGAUUCUAAAAAUCAAGUCGGAGUCCGAGAAAGACAGUUCCUCUGAGACGCCGACGUACCUGAGUUUGACGUACGAAGACUACGAGGUCAGCAAGAAAGCGACGUUCACCAGCAUCUCAGCCGCGCAACCGCCGAGAAUCAGCCCGAUGGUGCCCAGACACGACUGCGAGUGUCUAGAAAAAAGAGACAAAUCCAUCUCCCCUGUCCGGUACAACGCGCCGUGCGCGGAGAAAAUCUACAGGCCCAGAUCUUACCGGAUUUAUUCGCCUUUGUACGACAACACGACGCUGCUGUCUUCACAUGACACAUCCAAGGCGUCCAACCCUGGCUCGCCGGAAGUCAAGUCUAAAUCAAAAAGCGAAAAUUUCACCACAGAGAAAUUCACACAGUCAGUUAGCUACGGUAAUGAAGGGAAGUUGACAUCUCAGGAUAGCUUCCAAGUCGAAACUAGCGAACAAAUAUCUGAAAGUUACCUAGCGGAACCGACGCAGAUGGGGAGCGAUAUCGGGAGAAACAAUUCGGUUACUCGAUGUUUAGAUUUUAAACAGUUAGGCCACUCACAGAUGAAGAACCCGACGGAUGAUCAGCGUAAGAUGAUACGGAAAACAGGAUUCCCUUAUUAUAAAAUAGCCCAGCCGGGGGUUUUCGCAACAGGAGAAUCGGAAUCAGAAUCAAUGCAACGAGAGCAGUUGACGCUAGAGAGGAGUCUUAGACAGAGAUUGAUUUGCAAGGAGGUCAACACAACCGUGCAGAAAAUGUUGUUCGACACGGAGCAGAGUUCGUCUUCACUGAGCCCAAACUCCAUGAACAAGCCGGGAGCCAGUCGCAGGGCUGCGGAGAGAAGAACCCUCACCGCGAUGACGCAGGAUGCUAGAGAAGUCUUCAGGCGUCCCUCCACCUGUAACCAAACCGCUGACUUAGAUGUUGCUGAAAACGACGGCACCUUUGAGCUGUCAGCACAGCAGGGCGGGUACACCAACAAGCGGGAGCCUAGUUUCACUUCAGUUCAAACUGCCGAACAAAGUCUGAGUCCUUCCGCGUCACCGAAAAGUAAACGAACCAAUAUUUAUAACCCCGAUUACUAUUUGGGAAAACGCGUUUGUAGGAAACAGCAAUCGAGGCAGUCUUCUGUAGAAGAAAUGUAUACCGGCAGUGUGGCAUCGAGAUGGAAGAAAACUAACCCGACGUGGUCUAGAACCUUCUCCAAGAGACCGUGCACGCCCAAGCGUCUGCUGGUACCGCCUUCAGCAAAACACGCGAACGUGAGUUUUGUUUUCAACCCCAAGAAUCUUCCACGCAUGGGGUUAAAAGAACUCUCAAACCCGACCGAAAUCCCAGAACAUCAAAUAUCAGUGCCUCGAGAAACUACCCCGCUCAAAGUUUUAGACCGCCGGGUCUUAGACAUAAAGCGUGGAGUUAUCUCCCCGGCAGCUGGUGUUAUCGAGCUACAGAAGACACCGCAAGGAAAAAACUCCGAGCACGCCGUGGUGACGCCCGCACCUGACCACAGAACGACCCCGUUUCCUCAACCGUUUCCACAGGAACACGUACCCACGGCGCCAGUCGAGACCACCAUCACCCAAGACAAAGGAGACGAGGCGAGAGUUGAACCACCUCAAUGCCACAACCGCGAAGAUGCUUCCCAUAGGCCCGUCGCCUCCAAAUCCGACAUGACCAAAGAUAACGGUUCUUUGAAAAUUUUAUCCGUCAAGCUCGCCACCGGUGACGUUAGCCCUUCCGAGUCCCAGAAGGUCGUGACGUAUUCAGACUCGUUCUGGGCCCGGCAGUUCCAGGUCAAGAAGCUGCGGCUUCAGUCGGGUUCCAGCCCAACCGAGAGCGCGGUCUCACGCUCCUGCUCUAUCGACACCAUCCGGUCCCUGCUCCACACCCCGACCAAGGUGGUGCACGGGAGCGUGUCCCACGUGCCCAUCACGGAGAACGUAUCGAUGGAAACCAACAAAAGCAUUAUUUCCGGUUCCACCAACAACUCCGCGAGCAACGCCCCCUACAGGAGACCUGGCCCAGCCAAGGAAGAGACAGCUCAGUUCUUUUUUGUGUCGGAGGGCAACGAUGGCACCAGACCUGACUUCUCCAGACAUGACUUCGCCAAACAUGACUUCGCCAAACCUGACUUCGCCAAACCUGACUUCGCCAAACCGGACUGCACAAGACUUGACUGCGCCAAAGCUGACAGCACUAGACUUCACUUUCCUUUUCUGGAGACCGAUCACGCACAAUUGACAUCAAAAGCAACUCAAUCGAAUCCAGAAGUUCACAGUGCUCCGUACCACACAAUUUUAAAUCCUGAGAAUAGCAAAAACCAAGUACAUCCCAGUCAACUGCACGCUGCACUAGAUAACAAAUUCCAAACGAAUCGCUGUGAUCGUUCGCCAAAUAUUAAAUUAAAGGAAGAUAAAACCACCAAGUCCAGCGAUGGAUUUCGUUCACAAGAUGUACACUGUUGCGAAACCGAUUGCGCUAAAGAAACAAAUUCUCAACACGAGCGAGAAAUGAAUUUACACUGUGUAAACAAAAACUCAGUCACCUCGCUCCCAGAGGUAUCAGAAGUCCCGUCCCACUUUCUCUUACUGCCACCAACAUCAUCCGACGAAGAAGACGAAGAUGAUGACGUCAUGACCUACGACAGCAGCGAUCUCCUGCCGGUGAAUAAAAAAACUCCUCUACAAGAAGAUUUACAAUCCAAUUUCCGGUUGCAGGCUAGGCAGAAUAAUUCCAACCCCGAUUCCGGUUACGAGGAAUCGAUGUCAGAUAAAUACCACGUGAAUCCCACUGCCGUUCCUAUCGUAGCUUGUGGUAUCGAUUCUGUGAUUUAUGAGAGUAGAAACGAUACACAUGAUUCUGAAAUUGACGCACUGGAGGUUCCGAGUUUUUCCUUAUCUUCCACGUCAGAAGAACCACAGUCGGACUUUACCCGCGUAAGCAGCACGUCAUUUGGUUCCGGUUCGAAUACGGAUACGAUACCGUCCAUCACUGACGAUUUCGUUUCACCGGAGAAAUCCGAACUUCCUUUUUUUGAAAAAUCCUUAUCUACAGAGAAAACAAUCUCAAUGACACAAAUUAGUUGUCAGUCAAAUACAACACAUUGCGACUCGACCACAAUUAGUUUAGAAACGGAACCGGAAUAUUCCGGAUGCAAGAGUGUAGAUUCAACAUUAAGAAAAGCACACACCGUAAGAUCCCGUCCUUCACACGUAACCUACUCGACCAACAGCACAUGCCUGAGGUUUAGCAGUGCACACAAUGUAACCGUAAAGAGGAAAAUAUCCAGAAAGAAGAAGUCGUUUAGAAAUAAAGCUAAGGCGAAAUCAUCCUUGCUGCACCUCAUGGAGCCAUUAAAACCAUUCACGCCAGGGUUUAGUUCUCAAAGUUCGAAUAUCAAAACAUUAACCAAACAAGAAUUUGAUAGUUCGCACACAUCUAACUCUACUCAUUUGCUGAAAGAUUGUUUAGAAAACUAUUCAGCCCAACGCAUUCCAAAUCUAGGAUCAACAGAAGAAUGUUCCCUGUCCUCAUCGCUCGAGCAUAUCCUAUGCUCCACUUCAGCGUCCACGAAUAUUUCUGAAAUUUUCCACAACGCACAGGCUAAGUUGAAACCAAGCCUGAAUUCCAGCUGCCCAGAUUUUGAAGAUGAAUCUGUGAUUUUUCAAAACGUACAUGCCAAGUUAACUCCAAACCUUAAUUCAAGCUGCCCGGAUUUUGAAGACGAAUCUGUGAUUUUCCACAACGCACAUGCAAAGUUAACUCCAAACCUUAAUUCAAGCUGCCCGGAUUUUGAAGACGAAUCUGUGAUUUUUCACAACGCACUGGUCAAGUUAACUCCAAGCCUUAAUUCAAGCUGCCCAGAUUUUGAGGACGAAUCUGUGAUUUUCCACAACGCGCAGGUCAAGUUAACUCCAAGCCUGAAUUCCAGCUGCCCAGAUCUAGAAGACGACGAAUCUGUGACGAUAUCUUCCAGCGCCUGUCUGGAUACCUCGCAGGCUGGAACUGUGCCUAGCUCUUCUCUCAGCCUGAGCCACAUUCUGGGGAACUCUGACGACACGUUUUCGUGUUACAGCGUCACCGAAUCAUCACGUGAUCACCGCGAAACUCAGCCUUCGGUGAAAAAUAGUCCGUCGAACAUUCUGGCAGACCAGAGCAGCUUGUACCAGGGGACGAAGGACAUCCAACAGAAGGAAUUUCACACUGUAAAGUCGCCUCACCACAAAGAUUUCUCAGCAGACCAUACAAGACUUGACCGGAACCAAAACAUUUCCCAUGGCGGUAAAACAAUACCAGGCACUCCUGGGCGUUUAUCUCGGAAUCCCAGCACCGAGUUACGUCACGAAACGAAUCCCGCAGCAAAGAGUGACGUCAAGCGGGAGCUCAUCCCUAACAGAAGCGUCAACUUUUCUGAGCUUUUAAAACGAUUUUAA